ACCUCACUCCUCCCCCGGAAGUGUGCAGCGUGUGAGGGGAGGCGGACGCGGAAGCGUAGCGCUGCGGGCGGCGAGAUGGGAUGCGAUGGCGGCACCAUCCCCAAGCGGCACGAGCUGGUCAAGGGGCCCCGCAAAGUCGAGAAGGUUGACAAAAAUGCCGAGUUGGUGGCAAGAUGGUAUUACUGUGCUCUGAGUCAAGAGAAAUUACGUCGGCCAAUUGUAGCUUGUGAGUUAGGCAGGUUGUAUAAUAAAGAUGCUAUCAUUGAAUUUUUGUUGGACAAGUCAGCUGAUAAAACUCCUAUGGAAGCUGCAUCACAUAUCAAGAGCAUUAAGAAUGUAACAGAACUAAACCUUGCAGAUAAUCCAGCUUGGAGUGGUGACAAAGAGAGUAUAAAAGGUGACAAAUAUGAUGACAUCCAGUCUGCACGCUUUAUAUGCCCUGUGGUGGGAUUGGAAAUGAAUGGAAGACAUAGGUUUUGCUUCUUGAGAAACUGUGGCUGUGUGUUCUCUGAACGUGCUCUCAAAGAAAUUAAAUCAGAAGUUUGUCACAAGUGUGGUGUUCCCUUUCAAGAGGAAGAUGUAAUUAUCCUUAAUGGUAAUAAAGAAGAUGUGGAAGUAUUGAAGAAAAGAAUGGAGGAUAGAAGACUUAAAAGUAAAUUAGAAAAGAAAUCAAAGAAAUGUAAGCCAGCAGAAUCGGCUUCUCAGCAAGAUACCGCUGAAGAGUCUCCAGGUCCAUCAAAGGCUAAGAAUGGAAAGGAUUGUAUCAGUUCCAGCUCUGGGGAAAAGAGGCAGAUUAUCUUCACCAAAAGUUCAGAUAAUGGAAAUUCAUCUGUACCAGGAAAAGUCAAUAAGGCUUCUUCUACUACUACGAAGAGAUCCAUUGCAGACAGCGAGGAGAAAUCUGAGGCGUACAAAUCUAUUUUUACAUCACACAGCUCAGCAAAACGUUCAAAGGAAGAGUGUUCCAAUUGGAUUACUCACACAGCAUACUAUUUCUGAAACAAUGAUGAGCCUGAUUGUAACAUUCAUUACUUCUUUCCUUCCCUAAGGCUUUUUCUGUACAACUCUGAUACAGAACUUUUGUUGUAAUCUGAUGUUAUCUGGAAUUGUUCAGUUUAUAAGUUGUUUAUAAACUUGUGAAUAACUAAUGAACUUGUGUUAGUCGCAGUUUCUGUUAAAUAAGAAACAGAUCACCAGAACCCAUGUUGUAUCAGCUGAUAUCAUUCUAAAAUGAUGGAUUAUUUGCACAAAAAUUUUUCUUUUCUUCUCCCAGUUGGAUGCUGUCAUUCUUAGUCACGCCAGCUAGCGUCCUCAGUAGUAGGAGUGAGGGUAGAAGGAUCUGCCUACUGUCCUCUUCUAUUGCUAUUUGCCACAACUGUAAUUAUAGUUUUCAAUGUAUUAGUACAGAAAUUCAAACCUUUUGAAACUUUCUGACAGUAAAAAGAGCAAUAAUGCUUUUCUUUUGUACUAGCUAACUGGGCACUCAGUAAAACUAGUAUAUGUUUCUUAAAGGUUCUGUAGGUAUUUUCAAGUAAUUUACCUUUAGAUGGAAUAUAUGAAAGCAUAAUAAUUAAAAUGUUUGUACAACAUUCUUCUUGUACAUAUCGUUGUAGCCUAUUUUUAAUAGCAGAGUAUUCACUUCUAAACCAUUAUCUAUAAAAAUGAGCCUGUAAUAGUAAGGCUGUUUUCUUCCCAAAAAGGUUUUGGGAAUUUUCUUUGUGGGUGUGUGUUUUAAAGUUAGAAGUAUCAGGUCAAAGCUUGCUUUCUUUUGUCAGAGGAUCAGAAUACAGUGGAACGAAAGUAUGAGUUUCCUUACUUUUCUGCUGAAACAGUAAGGUUCUGUGUACAUCCCUGAAGGAGCAAUUUUCCAUUUUGAAUUCAGCAGCUUACAUGAAAAUACGAGCAUUUGCACAGGGUGAGAGAAAAACAGGUGGUGACAGAAUAGGAGCAGGCAGAUCGUAACUGGCUUUUUAGGGAGAAAGGACUGAGCACCAGUGUCAUGCAAGUCAAACCCAUUGGUGGCUGAUGGAGGGAACGCUGCAAGGCUGGAGUUAGCUUCUGAGAACAUUUCUCUUUCACUCUGUGGGCAGCUGAAAUGUGCUGCUUUUACAACAUUUGUAGUACACAUCGUUUUAUUUUCUGACAUAAAAUUCUUAACAGCAAACAACUCUUUGACUUAAUUGCUUGUUACAGAAAGAUGCUAAGCACAGUAUGUCACUCAGUCUUGCUUUUAUAUUUAUGCUUUUUAUCCCUGUGACGUUGAUUUAAAUAAAACUUGCUCUUGUCAUAUGACCAUAACACUUCAUGUUCAGUUGAACAUAUAUACAAAUGCUUAUUUUGUUGGUGUUAGAACAGAAUAACUUUUUAUGGGCUUUCAUUUGGCCCUUUCAUUCUUAGCUUUUUUCCAAAUGCAGGAAUCCUUUUAAAAUGUUAAUGUUCCAUAGCAAUGAUUUAGUGGCUGAAUAUUUGAAUCCAAUAAUAUCUACAUGAAAUGACCAGAGGGAGGGAUGGAAGCUUUUCACCUUCUUCUCUUUCUCUUUUAAAAUUAAAAUAAGCUUUUAUAAUCUUGGCGCAAACUAACCAGAAUAGAAAUGCAGAAAGUAGGAGGCUUUUAAAACCACUGCAUGAUGUUACAUUGUUACCUUUGUGUGUGAAAAUGAUUAAUUAUCCUCAUAACUUAUUUUUAAAAGUGUCCCCAUUUAUAAUUGGCAAUAGUUAAUUGGGGAUUCAAAUGUUGUGUUUAUAUUUGCGUAGGUGGUCUCCAUGAUUCAAGCAUGUUAAUGCAAUUGCUAGAAUUUUAUUAUUAUUUUGAUAGGUAUAAUUAAAAAUUGGCUUGUUGUAGAAUUUA